CAUGGCAGAUGGAUUGUACUCAUCGGGCCCUUUGGUCCUCUCUGUCUGUCUCUCUCUCUCUCUUACCUUCUUCCUUGAAGAGAUUGGAGUGGAAAGUUCAAAUUUUUACUAAGAUUUAGUUAAUCUAACUCCACAAAUGCCGGAGCAGAGCAGACCAGAGACUUGAUCUCUGAAAAAUUGAUGAUCCCUUCUCUGAACAUUCCCACAUUCUCAUCCUCUAAGGUACAAGAAGAAGAAGAAGAAGAAGAAGAAGAAGAAGAAGAAGAGAAUUUAGUUUCUUCAAGACGCCAUUAUGGCUGUGGCUACUGAUAUCUUCUUCCUCUCCUUCUUCGUCAUCGUCAGCCUACCUAACAUUUGUCUCUCUCUCACCCCUGAUGGCCUCUCCCUUCUGGCUUUGAAGUCUGCUGUAGACCAGUCCUCCUCCGACACCUCUGUCUUCUCCGAUUGGAAUGAGAACGACUCCGAUCCAUGCCGGUGGACGGGAAUUUCCUGUAUGAACGUUUCCGAAUCCUCCGAUCCCCGGGUGGUCGGCAUCGCCAUCGCUGCCCGCAACCUCCGCGCCUACAUCCCAUCUGAGCUGGGCUCCCUUUUCUUCCUUCGCCGCCUCAACCUCCACGGUAAUCGCUUCUAUGGCUCCAUACCUGACCAGCUGUUCAACGCCUCUUCUCUCCAUAGUAUCUUCCUCUACGGUAACAACCUCUCUGGUGGCCUGCCUCCUUCUCUCUGCCACCUACCUCGCCUCCAGAACCUCGACCUCUCCCAUAAUUCUCUCUCCGGCUCUAUCCCCAGGGAUCUCGGCAAUUGCGGCCAGUUGCAGCGCCUCAUUCUCAGCGGAAACCAGUUCUCCGGUCACAUACCCACCGGAAUUUGGCCCAAAUUGUUGAACCUGGUUACGCUCGAUCUCUCGUCCAACGGCUUCAGUGGAUCCAUCCCCUCGGACCUCGGCGAGUUGCAGUCCCUCUCCGGAACGCUCAAUCUCUCCUUCAAUCACUUCUCCGGCCACAUCCCUUCGUCUCUGGGACAAUUACCGGCGGCCGUGAAUUUCGAUCUCCGACAUAACAAUCUCAGCGGCGAGAUUCCUCAGGAUGGGACUCUUGCCAACCAAGGCCCCACUUCGUUCCUCGACAAUCCUUCCUUAUGUGGGUUCCCUCUCCAGGAUCCAUGCAGAACUUCUAAAUCUCCACGGUCCGCACAGAACACUCCAGGAAGUCAGAAUUCAGCGCCGGCGUCCGGUUCCAACUUGAAGAAAGGACUAAAACCGGGUUUCAUCAUCCUAAUCUCGGUAGCUGACGCCGCCGGAGUCGCAUUCAUCGGUUUGAUCAUCGUUUACAUUUACUGGAAGAGGAAAGACUCCAACAAUGGCUGUAGCUGCACAGGGAAAAGCAAAUUCGGUGGCAGCGAUAAAGGUAUGAACAAAUUUUGUCUUUGUUCUUGCUUGAAGGGCAAUCCGAAUAACGAUUCAGAAAUCGAGUCCGAGAAGGAAGGGGAUGGAGGAGUAGAAGGCCAAUUAGUUGCGAUUGAUAAAGGGUUCACAUUCGAACUGGACGAGCUACUGAGAGCAUCGGCUUAUGUGUUGGGGAAGAGUGGAUUGGGGAUUGUGUACAAGGUGGUUCUGGCCAACGGAAUACCGGUGGCCGUGAGAAGAUUGGGUGAAGGUGGAGGUCAGAGGUAUAAGGAAUUCGCAACAGAGAUACAGGCGAUCGGGAGAGUGAAGCAUCCCAACGUAGUGAAGUUAAGAGCUUAUUACUGGGCUUCCGAUGAAAAGCUUCUCAUCUCAGACUUCAUCUCUAAUGGCAGCUUAGCCUCUUCUCUCCGUGGGAGAACGGGGCAACCGUCAGCGAGUCUAACAUGGUCAACUCGGUUAAGAAUCGCUAAGGAAGCGGCAAGGGGGCUGGCCCACCUACACGAUUGUAGUCCAAGGAAAUUCGUCCACGCGAACAUCAAGCCCUCCAACAUCCUCCUCGACAACGACUUCCAUGCUUACAUCUCCGAUUUCGGCCUCAACCGUCUGAUCAGCAUCACAGGCAGUGACCCAUCUUCGUCAGGAGGCCUGAUCGGUGGGGUCCUUCCUUACAUCAAGUCGACCCAAUCCGACCGUCCCAAUAACUACCGGGCCCCAGAGGCCCGGCUCCCUGGCGCUAGGCCCACACAAAAGUGGGACAUCUACUCCUUCGGGAUCGUACUUCUGGAACUACUAACCGGGAAGUCCCCGGAGGCAUCAUCGGCGUCGUCUACGUCUCCGACGACAUCAACGGCGGCGGAAGUAACAGAUCUGGUGAGGUGGGUGGGGAAGGGGUUUGAGGAAGAGAAGCCGUUGUCAGAGCUGGUGGACCCUAUGCUGCUAAAGGAAACUCACGCUAAGAUGGAGGUACUAGCCGUUUUCCAUGUGGCCCUGGCAUGCACCGAGACCGAUCCUGAGGUUCGUCCCAGGAUGAAGACCGUGUCUGAAAAUCUUGAUAGGAUCGGCAAUUGACGCCUUUAGAUAGGCCGUUCAUAAAACCAGCUUUCUUUUGUUAUUUAUUUUUUGGGCCAGGCCAGGCCAAGAGUGUACCUCACUAUAAGCCGCCAGCACAGCCAAGGUCGUCUUCUUCUCGGCUGUUUUAGCCUUUUUGGUUGGUUAGGUUAUUCCAUUAAUUUCUUGCUAGCGAUAUUGAAUUGAAGAAUUUAAAUUCUGUUUCUAUC